AUGGCAGACCAAGCAGCCAUGUCGACGACGCAGACGGGCCUGGGAGUCCCCCGUCGUUCGGACCACACCGUCUCGUCCGCCUCGACGCUCGCCGGCGACCGGCCAUCGUCAUCUGACGAAAAGGUGACGGAUCCGGGUGCCGGCUCGACCGCUGCCGACGAUGAGAAGAGCCGACAUGACGACAACUUUAGCGAUCGGCCACCUGACGAGCUCUCCGAUGAUGAGUAUCCUUCGGGCGUCAAGUUGGUCUUUAUCGUCAUCGCUCUCGUCCUGAGCAUCUUUCUUCUGUCUCUCGACAUGACCAUUGUCGCCACGGCCAUUCCCAAAAUCACCGACGAGUUCAAGGGCCUCGACAAGGUCGGAUGGUACGGCGCCGCCUUCUUCAUGACCGUCGGCGCCUUCCAGUCAACGUGGGGCAAAAUCUACAAGUACUUUCCUCUCAAAACCUCGUUCCUCGUCGCCAUUCUCAUCUUCGAGGUCGGCUCCGCCAUCUGCGGCGCUGCGCCGACCUCCGAGGCCCUCAUCGCCGGCCGUGCCAUCGCCGGCGUCGGUGCCGCCGGUCUCGGAGCUGGCGCCUACACCAUCAUCGCCUUCUCGGCGCCGCCCAAGAAGCGGCCGGCCUACACCGGCAUCCUCGGCGCCUCGUACGGAUUCGCCUCCGUCCUCGGGCCCCUCGUCGGCGGCGCCUUCACCGACCACGUGAGCUGGCGCUGGUGCUUCUACAUCAACCUCCCCGUCGGCGGCCUCUCGGCCCUCGUCAUCCUCGUCUUCUUCCAGACGCCGCGCAACGCCGUGCCCGAGGAGGCGCCCCUCGUGGAAAAGUUUCUCCAGAUGGACCCUCUCGGCGUCAUCCUCAUGAUGGGCGCCACCGUCACCUACAUCCUCGCCGUCCAGUACGGCGGCGUCGCCUACGCCUGGAACUCGUCCGUCGUCGUCGGCCUCCUCGUCGGCUUCGUCGCCAUCAUCGCCGUCUGGGCCGGCCUGCAGUGGUACCAGGGCGAGCGCUCCAUGGUCCCCCCUCGCCUUGCCAAGGAUCGCACCAUCCUCGUCAUGAGCCUGUUCGCCUUCAUGCUCGCCGGCGGCUUCUUCGCCGCCAUCUACUACAUCCCCAUCUAUUUCCAGUCGGUCCACGGCACCAACCCGACCAUGAGCGGCGUCCGGAACCUGCCCUUCAUCAUCUCCGUCACCAUCGCCACCGUCAGCAGCGGCGUCUUCGUCUCCGUCACGGGCUACUACCAGCCCAUGCUCAUCGGCGGCGGCGCCCUGGCCACCAUCGGAGCCGGCCUCCUCUACACCCUCGACGUCGACACCGGCACCGGCGCCUGGAUCGGCUACCAGAUCGUCGGCGGCCUCGGCUGGGGCCUCGCCUUCCAGAUUCCCAUGAUUGCCGUCCAGGGCUCCGUCUCGGCCAAGGACCUUGCCUCGGCCACCGGCAUGCUGCUCUUCUUCCAGAGCAUCGGCGGUGCCUAUCUCGUCUCCGGUGCGCAGUCGGCCUUUGUCAACCAGAUGGUGCCGGCCGUCAAGAGCAUGGCCCCGGACAUUGACAUGGGCAAGCUAGUCCUGACGGGCGCCACCGAGAUCCGGAACGCUUUCACUCCCGAGGAACAAUCGGCCGUCAUCGAGGGCUACAUGACCGGCCUCCAGGUCGUCUUCGCCAUCUGCAUUGCCUGCACCGGCAUCGCUACCCUCAUCGGCCUCGGCACGAAGUGGACCAAGCUCAAGCAGGACGGCAUCGCUGCUGGCGGCAUGGCCUAG